AUGAGGAGGCAAUCGCUGGGAUCCUCAGAGGACGGUGAUACUUCUCCUGUCGAGGCUCCUCAUGUCAAUUCCCCCAACUCCAAGGCCAGAGAGCCCAAGCCAUCGGCGCAGCCGCAGCCGCAGCCGCAGCAAACGCCCGUGGCCAACCUUGAUCGCCAACAAAGCGCUGACCAGAGACCUUCCUUUUCGAUAAGCCGACGGUCCGGAACCAUCAAUUGGAGGCCAUCAGACGCCCGGAAUGGGACGGUAGAGAAACCAGCAUCGCCUGCCCGCGCGCCGCCAUCUCCUCCGUUAGGCUUCAUCCCGACCUCGAAUGGAGUGCGGGCGAAAGAGAUGGACAAUGUACCCGAGUCAAAGUUCGUCGCCCGACGCUCGACAUGGCGGAACCCGUGGGCAAUCAGCCUUCUCUCGCUUGUCGCAUCCAUCACCGGCAUAGGGAUUUUACUUGCCGUCCUCCACUCUUCGGUGACACGGCAAAUUGACCCCAAGGGCUGUCGCAUGUCCUACAUGCGCCCGUCGUACGCGAAGCUCACCGAUUUCGAUACCGAACACACGCGCUUGGCCAGCAAAUACUCCCUGUACCUCUAUCGCGAGCAAGGGAUCGACCGUGAUACAAGGAUCCGAGGCGUCCCUGUCCUUUUCAUCCCUGGCAAUGCCGGGAGCUAUAAGCAAGUUCGGCCUAUAGCGGCAGAAGCAGCCAAUUACUUCCACGAUGUCUUGCAGCACGACGAGAAUGCUCUUAGAGCUGGCGCACGAAGCUUGGACUUCUUUACAGUCGAUUUCAACGAGGAUAUUACCGCCUUCCACGGUCAGACACUGCUCGAUCAGGCCGAAUAUCUCAACGAGGCGAUACGAUACAUCUUGUCUCUGUAUCUUGACCCGCGAGUCUCGGACCGGGAUCCGGAUCUUCCCGACCCGACUUCAGUGAUAGUGCUGGGCCAUUCAAUGGGGGGCAUCGUCGCCAGGACAAUGUUGGUCAUGCCCAACUAUCAGACAAAUUCGAUCAAUACCAUCAUCACCAUGUCUGCUCCUCAUGCUCGUCCCCCAGUAUCAUUUGACAGCCAAAUUGUCAAGACAUACCAGGAUAUCAACGAUUACUGGAGACAUGCCUACUCACAGCAAUGGGCCAACGAUAAUCCUUUGUGGCAUGUCACUUUGGUGUCAAUUGCGGGCGGCGGGCUAGAUACUGUCGUUCCGUCCGACUACGCGAGCGUCGAGUCUCUGGUCCCGGAUACCCACGGUUUUACCGUUUUCACUUCAACAAUCCCCAGCGUAUGGACAAGCAUGGACCACCAGGCGAUCCUUUGGUGCGACCAGUUCCGGAAAGUGAUUGCGCACACCAUCUAUGAUGUGGUUGACGUCAACAGGGCGACGCAGACAAAGCCAAGGGCAGAACGAAUGAGGGUUUUCAAGAAGCGAUUCUUGACCGGCAUGGAGUCUGUCGCCGAAAAGAUCGCGCCGCGCUCGGACGCAACGACCUUGCUCACCGUGGACGAUAAUUCAGACUCAAUCAUUGCUCAGGGGGAGCGCUUGGUUCUGCGAGGCUUGGGCGCAGCGGGCAGGGUCCGCGCCCAUCUUUUACCGAUUCCUCCUCCCGGAUCCCCAGAGAUGAAGCGCUUCACUCUUCUAACGGAUGUGAAAGUCGACCAGCCAGGGGAGAAUGGGAAGCUCGAAGUUAUGUUUUGCAGCGUGAUUCCCAGCCAGCUCACCCAGUCUGGGCCUGGCUUUCCAAGCCAAAUCGAUCUUUCCAAGGGAAGUACCGGUACGACGCGACUGGCUUGCAGAUCUGCCGCCCCGGAUGUUGUAUCGCUUCCAGCGUCGACCCGGUCAACUCGGCAUCCCUUCUUCACUGACGGGGAGAAGGAGAUUGCGCCCUUUUCGUUUCUAGAGUACGCGGUCGAGGACAUUGCCGAGCACCAAUUUGUGGCUCUGGUGGAGAAGACAACGACCAUGACUCCGGGUUUCGUAAUCGCCGAGUUCAGCGACCUUUCGCAAUCACAUCAAACGCGGCACGUUAGCCUCCGACGUCUCCUCGCAUUCGGCGUGAAGUUUCAUCUCCGUUCUGUGCGGCCGAUGAUGUCUGAAGUCAAGGUGCCGUCCUUACAGUCAAGCUUGCUUGCGUACAACCUAAAGAUCAGCAACCAGGGCUGCGGUAGCAAGACGGAGCUUUUCACCCCAUUGGUACGGCAGUAUUUGGCCGAACCGUACGAGUCCAAAUACUUUGUCAACGUGCAGGAAGCAACUGUCAGCCUCCAUGGCGUCGCUCCCUACGUCCCCCCUCCCCUGACCAGGAAGGCUGGGGAGGAGGGGCUAAGCUUCCAGUUCUGGACUGACCCGACAUGCAACUCCAGCCUGCAGGUCGAGCUGACCGUCGACUUCCUGGGCAGUCUGGGCAAGCUCUAUAUGCGAUACCGCACCGUGUUUGCGGCGUUCCCGUUGCUGGUGGUGGCCUUGGUACUGCGCAAGCAGUUCCGCGUCUACGACUCGACCGGCGUGUUCAUUCCCUUUUCUGAAAGCCUGGAUCUGUGCUUGAGGCAGUCGAUCCCGCUGGUACUUGCGUCUCUGACGCUCCUCACCUUCUCCAAGGCGAAUACGACUUCUGCAGGCAACGCCAGCUUCUGGCACUGGAAGAACAGCACCUUUUCAACCGUCGAUUUCCAACAGAACGACCUUUUGAUUGGGACUCAGGACCCAUUGUUCUUAUUCCUGAUCCCUUUGAUUGGCGUAGUCUGUGUCGGCGUCUGUAUCGUGCUCAACUACGCUGCCCUCGCUCUCACUCACUUGCUGAGCGCCGCGUUCUGCUUGUUGACUUUCCGCCCUGGAUGGAUUCGCAAUGAGGAUCGAAGGAAAUCAACCCCUUCGACAUUCUUGUCCUCGUCACCCCGGCGGCGCAUGAUAACAACCGCAAUUCUGUUGCUUCUUGUCUCUACUCUAAUCCCCUAUCAGUUUGCGUACCUAGUCGCUUGCUUGGUACAGCUGAUAACGACGGCUCGGGCGCAGAAGAUCGCUGCGGAAUUGAGAUCGACCGCGAACUCCAACUUUUACAAUUAUGCACAUUCGAUUCUCAUCCUCAUGCUCUGGAUUCUCCCAAUCAACUUGCCCACGCUCGUCGUUUGGAUCCACAACCUCGCGGUCCACUGGCUCACGCCUUUCGCAUCACAUCAUAACGUCCUCUCCAUUAUGCCGUUUAUCGUCCUCGUGGAGACCAUGACGACAGGCAGCAUGAUACCUCCGGUCUGCAGCCGCUUCAAACAUGUCACCAGUGUCUUGCUGUUCGGCAUUGCCUUCUACGCUGCCGUGUAUGGUGUCUCGUACGCCUACACGCUGCACUACCUCGUGAAUCUGGUGGCAUUUUGGCUCGCCAUCCUUCACACGACAUCUGAUUCAUGGUCUCUCUCUGGAUUGAGUCACCUCUACAGCGGGAAUGUCGAGGAUCGCAAAAGGCGCAAAGAACCAUGA